AUGACCUGGACCCUUCUGCUUCCUCUCCUCACUCUCUGCACAGGCUCUGUGGUCUCCUAUGAGCUGACUCAAACACCCUCAGUAUCAGUGACUCUGGGACAGACGGUCACCCUCAGCUGCUCUGGGGAACUCCUCCCAAAGAAAUAUGCUUACUGGUACCAGCAGAAGCCAGGCCAGGCCCCUGAGCUUGUCAUCUAUGAGGACAGUAAACGGCCCUCAGGGAUCCCUGAGCGAUUCUCUGGUUCCAGUUCAGGUACAACAGCCACUCUGACCAUCAUCAGCACCCUGGCCGAGGAUGAGGCCGACUAUUACUGUCAGUCUACUGACAGCAGUAAUAAUGCUCACGGCUCUGUGGUCUCCUAUGAGCUGACUCAAAAACCCUCAGUGUCAGUGACCCUGGGACAGACAGCCACCAUCAGCUGCUCUGGAGAAAAGCUCUCAGAGAGAUAUGCUCACUGGUACCAGCAGAAGUCAGGCCAGGCCCCUGUGCUUGUCAUCUAUAAAGACAGCGAACGGCCCUCAGGGAUCCCUGACCGAUUCUCUGGUUCCAGUGAAGGAACAACAGCUACUCUGACCAUCAGCAGCACCCAAGCUGAUGAUGAGGCCGACUAUUACUGUCAGCAGUGGCACAGUGGCUCUGUGGUCUCCUAUGAGCUGACUCAACCACCCUCAGUGUCAGUGACUCUGGGACAGACGGUCACCCUCAGCUGCUCUGGAGAACUCCUCCCAAAGAAAUAUGCUUACUGGUACCAGCAGAAGCCAGGCCAGGCCCCUGUGUGUGUCAUCUAUAAAGACAGUGAACGGCCCUCAGGAAUCCCUGACCGAUUCUCUGGCUCCAGUUCAGGAACAACAGCCACUCUGACCAUCAGCAACACCCAAGCUGAUGAUGAGGCCGAUUAUUACUUGUCAGUGACCCUGGGACAGACGGCCACCAUCAGCUGCACUGGAGAACAGCUCUCAGAGAGAUAUAUUCACUGGUACCAGCAGAAGCCAGGCCAGGCCCCUGUGCUUGUCAUCUAUGAGGACAGUGAACGGCCCUCAGGGAUCCCUGACCGAUUCUCUGGCUCCAGUUCAGGAACGACAGCCACUCUGACCAUUAGCAACACCCAGGCCGAGGAUGAGGCCGACUAUUACUGUCUGUCACCAGACAGCAGUGGUAAUUCUCACGGUGACACAAGCAGGUGGGGAAGGAGGCACAAACUCUGA